AUGGAAAUUUCAAAGGUUCUUAUCGCUUCCAUUAUUGUUGCGACAUUAAGUUCACAAACUCUCAGCGCACCGUUAAGUUCAACACCAAGCACAUUACAAGUCCUUGUCACCUAUAACAUCCCUCAAAAGACCACCAACGCCACACAAGAGGUAGGAAUGAGUUAAAUGUGCGUUUAUAUUUUUCUAUAUGAAGUCAUUUAUCUCAAUGAAAGGUCCUAACGUAUUCUUUUAAAGAAACUUCUUCAUUUACAAAGACCACCCAAAACUGCCCGCGGUUUACUACGAUCAUUGUCCCCAUUUGUGACGUCACUGGUGGGCACAACUUGUGCAGCUCAAACUAAUUUUCUUUUUCAAAGUAUACCCGGAUGAGAUUUCUUCAGUUGUACGCCUCAAAAAAAUUCCAAAACCUUUAGUUUCAAAUUAGAAACUCAGUGCAGUUUCUAGAUUGAAAACAGAGAUUGCAUGGUUUAAUCAUUUGGUUCUUUAAAUCUUUGACUUUCUUGUUUUCGUCUCAACUAUAACCAGAAAACGGCUUUAGUAUAUCUUUCAAAAGGCGUCAGUUUUUUCACGAAAAGUCCAGGAACGAACGGGCUUAAACAAAACUCUCUUGUUUUAGGAAAUAUGUUGAAGAAAAUCUUUGUCGUGUUUAUACAAGACGGUUAUUUGUUUCUGAUUUUUGUCAACUUUCACUCCUAGCCACUGGCAGGGAAAAAUAUAGUUUUGUUGUUGUUGCUGUGGUUGUUGAUUUUUUAGGUACCCUUCAACAAUUCUUUGAAAUUGAGAAUAUUUCUCUCUUUAAUUACUUUUUUCAGAUGAAAAGUCUUUAUCAGUUCAUUGCCUCGACAAGUUAUCUCCAGGAGCCCCCUUUCAGCCAGUUUCCACCACAACACACAAUCGUGCACAUCAAAUAAGGUAUCUACUCAGACUUUCAACCCCCUGCUGUUUAAGUAUUUAACGUACUGUUGCUAAACCUCUAAUAUGUUAGUACUGUGGCACUUUUUACUUCAUUUGGGGAUCAAAAAUUCAAACCACAAAUAAAACUUUUUUUCGAUCCCAAACGUUCAGUCCUUGCAAAUCAUUUGCGCAAGUCAAACACUUUAAGAUGUUUUAAAAUAAUUCCAAGCUAAUAAAAAUUCGUCUAAAUUAACCUUCAAGGCGUCUUACUAGUUUUCAUGAUCAGCUCCUUUUCACUGCUUCAUAUGUGUUAAAACAGUCAGUCUCGUGUUUGAUACAUUUCAUGAAGUCAUGAGUAUUGUAGUAUCAGGUUAUCAAUAGAGGAUUCGUACAAUCACGUCAUCUACGUGCUAUCAAUUGAAAGGAAUUGCGAAAAAGUAGCAAAUCUCUUGUUUGCUCUUUGAUGUUUAUGUAUUUAUUUAUUUAUUUAUUUAUUGACGCGUCUGCUUAAAUACGUGUUUUUGCCACAAAAAUAGCGAAUAAAAGUUAUACAGUUCUGGACCCUUUAUAAGUAAUAAUGCAUAUCAAUACUUUUUUUUUCUGUCUGCAGAAUUUAAAAGACAAUCUAACUAUCGCGUACGAGAAGUUGGAUAUCUUCAGAAGUCCUCUGUACAUGGCCUUAUCUUAUGAAGAAAACCAAGGACCACUGCACAGUCUGCUGGCUCAGGUGCUCUGGGAUAUAAGCACUGACGUCAAUGCUUCAUCUGUCCUGAUCAGUAGUGAGGUAACGAAUAUAGCCAGAAAUUUCACUGUAUUAAAGGAAAAAAAAAAUAAUAGAAAAAAUCAUGAAUAGCUUUCCCAAACUCACUGAUUCGUGGAUAGCGAAGGUUUUGACAAAAGUCAAAAAUGAAACCCCAGAGAAAAAUUUAGUACCCUUAAUCAUUUGUAGUCUUGAGCCUCCCUUGCGGUUCUUACGUCACUUCAUACCUUUUCUAUAUAUGACAAAUAUGCCAAACAUCCAAGUAUAGACAGUCAAACCUCCAUGUGCGCCCACCACUCGUGAGCGACUACCUCCCAUAAGCUACAAUCUAUACAAAUGACAAAAUUUUUCCAGUCAAAGUUAGAACCACUCGUAACCGACCACAUCUUGUGAGCUACUGUGACCCCCGGGCCCAGGGCCGUGACCACUUUUUGGGCUGACAGUUUUAUAAUUGUCCAUUUUUUUUAACCUCUUGUACGCGACCGCUUGACUCAUGGUUUGAUCUCUAUGUUCACUGUGUGCAGUGCGCUACUCAGACAUUGUGAAGAGUCUAUAACGAGAAAGCGGAACUAUACACAUGUGCGAUUAAUUAUCUACCAAAAAGUAUAUGUAUCGAGAUCUCCCCUUGGAAGGGACCGCCUGUGGCCCGAUUCUCGUAAGAGACCACUAACUCUUCGCAUUUUGGGUAGUCGCUUAAGGGAGGUUUUAUUGUUUUAAAAAAGCGCCUUCAGUUCUUAUAGUCUAUCACAACUUUUACUGGAAGUGAAAUACGGCUUAAGGAAUGCGGAGAAUGCCAUGGCUAUAAACAUUAAAAACCCUUCUUACAAUGUCAACAUUUUUGCAAACUUUUCAGAUGAGGAAAAAUAGCGUUCCUGUACCCACUGCAGUAACUGGAAAUAGUUCGGCUCAGAUGAACCUGAUCAUUCGCGCACACCUGCAAGGACUUGUUAACAAUACCUUAUUGGUAAGCUAUCACUCAUAUAAAUUAUUUUCAUUACUAUCUAAGAAAUUGCGAGUAGAAAAUACCCCGAGACCGUCAAUUGGAGAACAAAGUUAACUUCUAUAGCUUAGUGAUUCCGAGGUGCGUCGGUGUUGCCAAGGGAACUGGGUCACUGCUUUAGGAAUUUCACUGAACUGGUCGCAAUAUUUAAAGUAACCCUUACUUCUGUGAAAAAAAAAAUCAAAACAAAACAAAGCAAAAACCUUCAACAGUGAAAUAAAAUUAAAGAAACAGGGGACAGCUUGAAUAAAAGCAAAAAUUGAGGAUAAAAUGAAGAGAAACUUCAAGUUAAAAAUGACGACGAUGACAAUAAUGGAGAUCCAAACUGAAAAACGUCUAGCGAAAUUAUCUUUUUUGUUCAAUUUUGCCUCGUUUUGAAUGCAAAUGUGAUUUACAAUGUGAGGAAAUAAUUUCUGCCUGUUUUGUUUUGUAACCGUCAAUUUGUGAAUAUAACAAUAUCUUACGUUAAAUCUUGAAUUUUUAGUUAACGUUUUUUUAACCUCCUGGGUUUUCGUUUAAAAAACCUUCCACAUUUUUCAGAUAUCUGUUUUGUUUAAUAUAUUUUUGUUGAGUGAAAAUAGAAAAAUCGUGAACCUGAAGUAAAAUCUCUCUCUACAGCAAGGUCCUAUUACAGAUGACAUGGUGACGAUUUACCGCAAUUACGUCGUUCUCUACUCGCUAAGUGACGUCAUUAAAGAGGUCGCCAUUUGUGUCUACAACUUAUAAAACGAAAAAAAAGAUUGCAGUGCACCCUGGAAUAUCCUACCAAGACCAGUUCAUUAUUUAUUAUUUAUUGACCAAACGUUAUAGCUCUGUUUAAAAAAAGUUGUGAUUUUUUUAACCAUAAAUUGCUCUAUUUAUGAUGUUCUUGUUAAAGAGCCGACAAUUCAUGUUAUUUAUAAGAAGCAUUGACCAGGCUUCUGUUUGAAGUGAAGAGAAGGUGAACUCAUAAAAGCUUUCGAAUUUUGUCAAAUGGAAAAGAAUCUCGUUUGUUCAGUUUCUGUUCUCUUUGGUCACAUAACCUCUUUAGGAGAUAUGAUGGAAUGUUACGAUCUCCUACCUACCUGUUUAUCCCUCUAGUUUAAAUUAUGAACAAAAUUCUUGGUUGAUUUCCACUGAGACUUUAAGCCGAUAUCUUUACUUUGUCGUUGUAAUUUUCACCUCUUCUCCAUAAUAAUUAAUUAUAAUUUCUGUGAACAGGCCUAGUUACUUGAUGAUGGUAGUUAGUACAACGUAGCUAGCAAGAGUAACUUCCGUGAAUAAUAAAGUUCAUAUUGAAAUCAUUGUUUAUAACUGAUCGUGAUCAGUUUAUACUGUAAUCUGUCACAGAUUUGUAACGCCUAGAAAUCAUUGUAAGCGCCUUUUUGUUAAAUUAACAAUAAAAUUUUUAAAAAAGAAGAAUUGUGUUUAUUUCUCAUUUGCUAUAAUUAUUUUCCUUCUAAAGAAGUUGUGUAAAUGUCAACUUCUUGGAGAUACAACACUUAACAAUUUCAUCGACGUUUGCAUGAAGGUCAGGGCAAGAUGGUUUUGAAAAGCUUCAUUCAAGAAUCUCCUUCAAAUAAUGCUACAACUUUCCUUGAAGUUAAAAGACCAACUUUUUGUAAUACAACUGACUUCAAAUAUACUUUUAACGACAAAUAAUUAUAUCAAUGGUUGCACUGGUUUGUAUAGAAGAGGGAGUCUCUAAACUUAAGUUGUAUUUAAUCAAGUAUACUGAUUUCCUUCAAAAAUUUUACUUUUUUUAAUUUGACAGAACAUUUUGCAAACCCUAGCUUCAGAUAGUUUGAAAAAAAAAUUGUUUCUCCGCUGCUUCUUUUUUGUUCCGCUCAUUUCUCUUAGUGUUAAAUAUCUGUAAAGAAGACCAAUGCAGACGUGACUCAGCCUAAUUUUACCUCUGGGAAAGACCAUUCCUAGUAUUCUUGUACCCUUUAUCAUAACUGAACAGAUGUUCUAGAGAGAUGAAUGAUAAUAAUUAACAAUUAUUCCACGAGUGCGCGUUGUAUAUGAGCGUAGCGUCGAGUUGGCUAUAAUCAUCUCAUAUCCAACAAGAGCGAGUGGAAAAAUUGUUUUAUUAAAAACGCCCAUAACAUAUCGAGAAUUCUUCCCGACUUUGUCUGUAAAAACAACCGAUUUUCAGCUUGUUUUUAAUUUUGAGCAGACGCGCCGGCACAGUUAUCGUAUUUGGAGUGCAUGGUAUAAUGGCUCAUAUACCAUGAUGGCUAAGCCAAUCAGAGCUCUAGAAUUGCAUUAUCCAAUGAUUCAGUUUUUGAUAACACCCAAUACCCACUUCCCGAAACCCUCGAUCCAGAGAACACAAAACUUUAUUUUACUCUAAGUUAAACUGUUAUUUCGAACCAAAAGGGCUCAAAAAUCAUGGCGCCAUACAUACCUGUAUACAAUGUAACAAAUACAAAAUUAUCUGAGUAGAUAUCACAACCGCUUUUCAGUUAAAAAGUUAGAUUCCUCGCUGAAGAACAUCGUAACUCUUAAACUUCUGAUGUUCAGGAUUUUUUUUUCGUAGACGUGCUGUUAGAAUGCUUUUACUUUUAAACUAAACAAUCCUUUAUGGAUAUUCGGACGCCUCGUCUGCCUGCUUUGCUUUAUUUCUGUUUUGUUUGUUUGUUUGUUUCAAUAUAGCUCAGAGUUAAAAUCAACAUUUAUCUUAAGCACAAAGUUUCUGAAUAUCAACAGGAAGACAUUAACCUAUGUUUAGCAAUGUAGCUAGAGAAUUGGUUCCUGUUCGGAAUCUUGCCAUAACAAAACAUCUCAGGAAUAGAUCUCUUCUUUUUUCUUUCCACGUCUGACAUUAUCGGCAUUUUGAACUGUCGACGAAGAUGAUCCUAAAGUUGUAGUUAAUGCACCAUACAAGCCACUGGGGCCGUCACUCCGUAUCGUGUUCGAUACCUUGUUCGAUAGUACGAUAACUAACUUUCUAACUGAACUGCAGUUAAAAACAGAACUCAUAAUAGAGAUCCAAUAUGUAUACCUACAACCCAUCCGGGGAUAUUGGUUUCAGUAGACGGGCAUUAUCAAUAAUGGGCUCGAUUUAAAAAUGUCACUGAAUCGCAAACUCUAUAAAUAAUUUCAAGGACACCCAACGACGGUUUCCUGCUAAAGGUAUUGUAAACACUUUUUAGGCUAUCUAGUACCUUUAGAUCUCUAGAAAGCCGGCAUUUUUAGCGGCGCUAUAAAAAUACGGUACCUGUUCGGUCAUCCAAGAGCAACUUGAGUCUUUUCGAAAUGAUUAUAAAGGCUUCAGUAUUAUUUUCCAGAAAAUUCCAAAUGCCAUUUAAAGUUUUACGAAACUGAGAAUUCUUCUGAUUCCUCUCUCCAUCGCAUUUUCGAAUCCGAAAAUUUUAGGUUUCCUUUUUCUACGAAAUAUAGCUUAACCUGGGCGUAGGAAAAUUUACUUAAAUAAGCUUCUAAAAUAAGUAGUCAUCUAGAAAUUUUUAGCAUUCCUCAAGCUACAGAAAAUUCUAGGCAAUUUUUGCUUCUCCGAACAGAUAUUUUACAGAAAGCAGUCGUUGCCUGUCAGUAAUUUGCAUAAGCUUUUCUCUAUGUUCCGGGGAGGGGGGGCUGUCCUGGUCAGUUCUAGUGGGGGUAGGGUGUGCGCUAUAGGUUGUUAAGAGAGCUGGGUUUGAAAGAACACAAAACCUUACCGUAUGUUACUUCCACACGAUUAAAUUCAAUACCCAAUUUCAAAAGGAAGGGCUGCACAUACCGAUACAGCUUAUAUAAGGGAGUACCGUCCUGACCCCCCUCCCUUCUGGGCUCUGUGUAUCACAGACUCUUGCUCAACCGACUAUACUUUCAUUCACUAUGCUUUCAUUCUUUUAUUUUAAAGACGGUUGGCUUUGCACAAGAAAGCUUGCUUUGUAUAAUUCAAGGACAUUUCUUUAUAGCUAAACAGAAGCUCUAAAACAGUUUUUCGCGCUCAAUUCGUUUCCUCAAUAAAGCUCAUUAUUACGUCAGUUAAGCAAAACGGAAUGUUCUCAGACAGAUAUCGAAUAUCAUAUCUAGCGGCAUUUCCUGAUAAUAUACUUAAAAGGAAUUUGACUUAUUGUGACAAGUUGAGAUUUUUACGUUACCUUCGACGAGUGUUCAAUCUUCCGUUCAAAAACUUUCAGUUUGGAUUUAAAGGACAACGUAAAUUCCCCUGAUACUUCGCCCAAAGAUUGAGAUACCUUACGGACGAAAUUGCAAGAAUCAAAAGAGGAGCUAUUAGUAUAUUAUUAAGAAGAAAGGAAGGGUAAAUUUUAAGAAAAAAUCUCAAAAUAAGUUAUCUUCCAUUAAACGAACUUUCCGGCAUUGAAGUAGAAGUAAUGUGUUCUUAAAUAAGUUUCCUUUUGGACAGAAAAAUUAUUGAAUGUUUUCUGUUUAACGACACGCGAUACUACAGCGGAAUACGUCUGAGAAUAUAACAUGAUUUUUGAAAGUAUUUCAGCCAGGGAAAGAUGUGUUACAAGAAUAAACCGAGACAAUUUACCCUUACCGCAAAAUGAUGCGACCCUGCAUCGAGUUACUUCUUCCACUGAACGAACUAGUUUUGUAGUCGAUAACACCACCCAUUCCGGAGUCCAUAUAAUCUAUAUCUAUACAGCAUUACAGAAUAUACCAUAUGUGAUGGUAGGAAAGAAUAUUUCCCAGAAUAUGAUAUGAUUGGAAGUAUAUCGACUAGGGAAAGAUUUGUCACAGGAAUAAAUCAAAAUUCAUCCUUACAGAAAAUGAUGGAAGGCGGAUUACGUCUUCCUCUGCAGUUGGCAUAUAAGGAGGACCAAGGGUUUAACUCUCAGUCAAACAACCUCUCACUGCAAAGAAGUUAACCUAAAAUCGACUGAGUGAAAGGUAAGUAAAAUGUCAUUUUACGCUAUGUAUCUCUGCGCGCUAAAUUAUUCUGGGUACCUUGUGUACAUAUGCGAUUAAAAUUACGCUCACUACUAUUGGGCUAAAUAGUUUCUCUAUUUGUUUUUAUGUGUUGGGCUCUGCUCGAAUACUCCAUCAAAAUAUUUCAUUGAACAAUAAACUUUUUAAUGACCGGUCCCUCGGGAAACAGUUAAUUUUGCUUCCCUCGAAUCUCAAUGUUUCCCUCGGCUCGGCCUCGGGAAUCCGCCUCGGCAAAAAAGGGGGGUCGGUUAUAAACGAAGUCUAUCCUAGGCCGCGGUUUAGCAAAUCUUUGGACAUCGAGAUAUCUUCCUUAGUGGGUAAUUUUAAGAAAAUAAGUCCUCUUCUAGUCUACGCCUCAUGCUUUCACGAAUCUUUUCAAGAUAAAUGGUGCUUAGACGGAAGCAUUGUCGAACUGAAAAUGACUUAGAACGCAGUUUUGUUAAACACUGGCUAAACUCCGUUGAAAUAACUGGCCCUGAGAUUCUCGGGAAAGAAAAUUAACUGUUUCCCGAGGGACCAGGUGGAAAUUUUGAAGCUGCAAAUUCAUUAAACCUCGCUGCAACGGCGGUCGUCGGUCAACAUUCGUGGGUAACAGUGCCCUGUUACCCUCUAAUGUCAUAGAUUUUGGUAACUCCAGGAGUGAUUAUAUCGCAGCAUAACAAUACUUAUAUCCUCCCUCAAAUUUGCAAUAACAAGCUGAUUUUGGGCAAGCGAAAAUUUUUCAUCUUAUUCUUUCUGGAUAUACCCGCUCAUCCCGUAAUUUCACGAAUUUAGUUUUUGUCACGUCAUCACUCUAUUUCUCUAUUGCCCUACGUUUUUUAACGCAAAUGGAUAUACUCCAUUCAUAUUAAGGAGAAAAUACACAGAUAUGCGUGUACCUAUUUUUUAAACAUAUGAUGAUGUACAUUCCGAAUUUUUUAAUGUAUUUUUUAUAUUUGUAUUCUAUCCUCUUUUACAGAGCAAAAUGGAACUCCUAAAGAUCCUUAUCACUACCAUUAUUGCGUCAACAUUGAGAUCACAAAGUCUAGGUGCUCCAAUGUAUUCAACACCAAGUACGCUGCACAGUCUUGUCACUUAUCUGAUUCCGCAGAAAACCACCAACGCCACACAAGAGGUAUGAAAGAGCAAAAUGAUAAAGUACUUCUUUCAAAAAAUUUCUGUGUUCUUCGGUAAUUGCGCGAAGGCCUUUCCCACAAACGUAGUUAAAAAACAGCAAGAGUUAAGAAAUAGGCAAGCAAAAAAAAUUAGCUGUAUUUUCACACCACAAAAAGCGAAAGAGCGUAGUUAUGGAAUUGCAAACAAAGAUUGGAUUGGGUUAUUUUUGUUUCUUUUUUGUUGUUGCUGUUCGAACAUGACCAGAAAACUACUUAAACGGGCUAUGUCACACUAUCUGUUAUCUUUUUAAAAAGCGAAAAAUUUUUUGGCAUCAAUUUUAUUCGAAAAAAAUGGUCCAGUUUUAUUAUCGAAGACUAUGUUUAGGCAUUAAAACUGUCUCCUCUCGUCUAUUGCAAUAGGCUCGAUUUCCGCCGUCUCUCGGGUCCGUUCUUUGAUCCUCCCCGAAGAGAGACUUUCGGAGGAUGAGUGCGGGCUCAUUUUCCCGAACAGCGGCUGGUAAUCGAGCCUAUUAUUGCCGAUGGAUGGCAAGGAAGGUCAUGGAUUAAGACUGGAAAAAGGCUGGGCCAAAGUUUUCAAGAUUCAAUGCUAUGCAUGCAAAAAUCACUAAAGAAAAAUGCUUAGUUAUCCCUGAUGAACAGCUGAUGAAAUUCGUUUGAUAUCUUCUUCGUAACUUUAUAGGAGCAUUUUGUGUAUGGGUAUAGUGCACUAAAUAAUGACUUCAGCACAGAAUUGACCUAAAACCGCCGCAAUAUCCUGGUGACUGGAUAGCCCCUUUAAGUAUAACUUGCAAAGGUUUUUUUGGAGAUACGUCUAGGCGUGAAUGGUUUAGAAAAGUAUUUUGGAAAAAAAUAUUUGCCAAAUAUUUCUUCCAACACACUUUUCUUUUUCGGUCUUGUCAUGAAAGAUAUUAAUCAUCGUGGAUAAUGCGUAUAAAGGGUUCCGCUUUUAUCGUUCGUCUCACGAUAUUGAUCGCGACGUUUCGACCGCAAAUUGCAGGUCUUCAUCAGGCGAUGAUGAUGACCUUCAGUGUGCGGUCGAAACGUCGUGAUGGAUAUCAAAGUGACAAUCGUGAGACAAACGAUAAAACUAAACCCUUUAAUAUUUGUCUUGUUUGAAGAAAGACCGUUUGUGCUAGCCUCACUGACUUCUCAACCUUCAUGAACCUUGACUACAACUUUUUUCUCCGUUUAGUUUUCUGUAGAAAAUAGCAUCGCAAAUUGAUAACAUUUGUCUCUCUUAUUCUUAUCCUUAUUCUUAUUUUUUUUUUCAGAUGAAAAACCUUUAUCAGUUCAUCACAUCGACAAGCUAUCUUAAAGAGCCACCUUUCGCGAAAUUUCCACCACAAAUCAACACACAAUCUUGCACAUCAAAUCAGGUACCAUUGGAACUUCUAUCUCAGCUAUAUAUGUACUUAUAAACAGUUUGUUUGUUUGUUUGUUUGAUAUCCAGAAAGUUAUAUUCCCAGUUUAAGGAGGUUUCAAGCCUUUACUGAAGGGCGUUUGAAAGUUUUUGCAUGCAAUAAAAUAUUGAAUAAGUUAUACAGUUCUAGACUCUCUGUAAGAUGUGCAUUUUAAUAUAACAACCCUCUGUCUGCAGCUAUUGAAAGACAAUGCAACAAUCGCCUACGAGAAGAUGGAUAUCUUCAAAAGUCCACUGUACAUGGCCUUAUCUUAUGAAGAAAACCAAGGGCCGCUGCACAAUUCGCUGGCUCAGGUGCUCUGGGACAUAAGCACUUACGUCAAUGCUUCAACUGUGAUGCUCAGCCGUGAGGUACUAAUAAGAAGCUAAUUUUAACUGCUUUCAGAGUAAAAUAAACUUGCGAAUUUCACUCUCCGCCACAGAGGCUCUUAUCGAUAUUCCAAAAGAAAGCGUUAUACAGGGACUGGAAAAUUUGUGAGAGGGUUCGUUAUAUCGAAUUUUUUUUCAUAUAUUGUACUAUUGCUGGGGCGAAGAAUAUCAUUCGUUACAGCGAGGACUCCGCACCUAGAGGUUCGUUUAUCGAGGUUCCACUGUAAAGCAAAAGUAAGAAGCCCGCGGAGGACAAUGGAAAGAGGGAGCUCUGUUUCUCUUUACCUACCCAUCGUCCCUCGCGCGCUUUCUUUUUACCUCUUUCCCCAGCUAUCUUAGCACGGAAGAUAGAGGGGUUAAAUCAUGCUUAUUUGUUCCCAAAUUUCUCUGUUCCGUAUCGAUCACAAAAGCCAACUGGUCGUGUUUUGCAGCCUAAGAAAGUCAGAAGUAUCACGCUUCUUAAGAAUACUACUGGCCCCAUUUGUUCAAACGUUGGAUAGCGCGAUCCAUCGGAUAAAUCAUUCUCCCGAAGAUAAGUUUUAGGGAAACCAAUUGUGCUAUCCACUGGAUAGAGAUUUAUCCAGUGGAUAGCGUUAUUAACCUUUCGACCAACUGGGCACUGAAAUAAAGAAUCUAUUGAACAUAAGAAUAUAAUACUGAUCUAUUGAAUUCAAUACACUAGUAUUUACAGCUGAAUUUACACUUCUCAAACCUACCCGAAAUGACAUAGUUUUAGGAAAUGUAGCAUGUUACGUAGCCUGUGCACAGACACCCCCUCCUCUGUACACAGGCUUCAUGUUAGGCGCAUUAAGUAUAAAAGACACACUUUCCAUUAACAACUUGAUUUUUUACAAACUUUUCAGAUGCAAAACAAAGGCUUUCCUGUACCCACUACUGCAUACGGAAAUUCUACGGCGCAGAUGAACCGAGAUAUUCGCGCAUAUCUCCAAGCCCUUGUUAAUAUCAACUUGCUGGUAAGCUAUCACAUAAUACAACUAUUAUUACUUUAAAACCCGGCCCUAAAAAGACAUUGGGAUCGAAAAGAUCCUGAAAUAAUGGUUCCUUUUUAUUCAAAAUCACUCUCCUACUGUACUGGAACUAAAAGUCAGUAUGAAAUGAUUUUCUAUGGCCAGGAUGGAGACGGAUCGCAACUUGAUAAAAUUGGGCCACCUUUUUCACGUAAAGCUCCUGAGUUGUCGAAAAAAGACCAAAAACCGAUCAUGCUAUGGUUUUCUUUUGAUAGAAUCAUCUAAUGUCUUUCUUUCAGAAACCCAAGUAUGGAAAAAGAUUCCUUAGAAAACUAGUAAUAAUUUCGGCUCAGCUCAGUGUGUGCCCUUUAAAUAUGGGAGUAACCCCCACCCCCCCUCUCCCUAGGCCUGGGACAGGGACCUGUUGAUCAUUCAUGCUAAUGUAUGCUUUAUCGCGUUUGGCUGAGAUGAAAAAAAAUGUCUUCAAAAAUGUCUGAAAUGAAAUCCCUUCUUUUUUACAGAAAGGCCCGAUUACCGAUGACAAGGUGACGAUUUACAGGAAUUACGUCGUACUCCACUCGCUAAGUGGCGUCAUUAAGGAGGCCGCCGUUUGUGUGUACAAUUUAUGA